GGUGGGGCUUUAGGACGCACGUUCCUAUGGUAACUGUUCUUCUGUCCACAAUAGUGUAGACUUUGUCUCGUAUUGUCAUGACCAAGGACGAGCAUGGCCCAACACUUCAUCACACCUCUUAUUCCGCGGGCAUUCCUAAAGUAAUGUACGAAGGAUGCGGCAUGAUGACUUUGCACCUGAACGCAUCUCCUACAUCGACCACUGAAUGCUUCAUGGUCGAGGGACUCUCAAAUUGCAACCAGCUUGGGCCCGACACCACCGGUGGUUCAACGUACGGCAGCUUUGUGGUGGGAGCCGCUUCAGGACGACGACAUACCAGGCAACAAAUGCGGACAUUUCCAACGAUUCAACCUUUGAGUUAUGGUGUGUUAGAGAAGACAAAUGUCGUCCGUCCACUGAGACACAACCAUGUGCACCAACAGGGGGAACUGCAGCCUUUUGGCCUCUCCAAAAUGGUGCCCCACGGCCACGGGUGGAGGCCCUUCACCCUGAGCUACUCUGAGAGAUAUAAACCUCAUCUCAGUCCAGCCGCCUUAUUUCCGUCCACGUUAGUCCUCAGAGGCUUGAGCACAUUGCCGGCGCAGAACUUCAAGCUCAGCAGGCCCAAAGUGAAUUAUCCAGACUGCAACCUCUUGACUCUUAAAGACAAUCUGAAGAGUCACUCCUACCCAGACCCAAUGGUGGGUGCCCCCCGCCCAUUUCUCCACAGAAUAUCUGAACUUUCGUGUUUAGAGGGUGAGACAGCAAGACUGGAAAAAAUGAAGAAAACGAGGCAGCCCAGAAAGUCCUCGUCAUCCUGACAAUCACAGUCAAAGUGCUCCGGGAGGCAAAGUGACUCGACUCAGGGCCGUCAAACCUUGUGGGCGCCUUGUUCCUUUCGGUGGCUCCUUGUCACGGCUUUUUUGUCCUCAUUGGUGCUAGUUUGCUGUAUAAUGUGGCUACUUGUCACGUUCUCUCAUUUAUGACCCCUUUGGGGUAGGUAAAGGGUUGAUUGGUUUGUUUCCCUUUACGAACUUGCAUGUCUGCUUUCUUUAUGUCACCACAAGACCUCGGUAGUUAAAUAAUGAUCAAAUGAUGUACACGUUUUUAAAAUGUUCAAAAAGCUAAUUUGAGUUCAGUAUUUACCAUUCUGGAAAACUAUUCCCCAGCGCAUUGUUGUAUUUGUAUUCAACACAUGGACAGACAUUACCACUUCAAGUUUACUUUUACAAAAUAAAAACGAGCGCAGAUUAAAAAAAAAAUACAACAGAACACGUAUUGUGAUACUUUUUGUCCCUCAA